UUUCACACGGUCGAGGUCAUUGUCCAGCUCCUUGACCGCAAGAAAAUCCUCAAUUUUGGAUACUUCUCGUGAACUUGUGUUGUGAUGAUCCGGUAUAAAUAUAAUUGUGAUUAUGCUACUGAAAGUGAACAAAUGUGGAUGGAAAUGCAGUCGUCCAUGGCGCGGAGCUGGUCUUCAUCGAGAGCCCCUGGUCGACGCCCUGCCUGGUCCUGAACGGCUUCAUGUACAACUGCCACAGCCGCAAGAGCAACAAGGAGUACUGGCGCUGUCACAACUACUCAAAGAAGAAACAUGAACAGCGCUGCCGCUCACGCUGUGUCCUGGAAAAUGGCAAGCUGAAGAACAUUACGGGUGGCCCGCACAACCACAUGCCGCACACGGAGAAGAUCGACAAGAUUUUGCAACGGAAUCGUCUCGCGAUAGCCAGCUCGCAACGGAAGCUAGCUCGCUUGCAGAGCAUUACGCAGCUGCCGAUACACCAGCAGCAGCAACAACAGGAGCUAAUGGCACCACAGCAAUUGGUCAGCGAUGCGGGCACAUUGGAGCUGUCGGACCAUGAGCUGAUGCACGCCUCACUGAUGCUCAUUCACGAUUAAGUUUGGUAGUCUAGCAGUCCACCUGGUCCCAGCAGUGCAAUAUAGUUACUAAAUAAUUAAGUCAAAUAAAGAUACAAAUCAAUGUGAAUCGACGCCCACCCAUAUCUUGUCCAAGACAUAUUGCUCACCUACACCUAUCGAGGGCAGCUAGUCCACGAAGGUUACACCUACAGCUGCCACUCCAAGAACUUGGCCAAGUGCCUGACCUUUUA